GGCUUGGGUGACUGAGAGUAUCCCCGCUGCUGCGGCCUGAUGUAGGCCCGCCCCGCCCUUCCGGCCCCGCCACUUCCGGCGCGGGGGGCCGGAAGCGGAUGGCGGCGCUGGGGCAGCCAUGGCGCCCAAGGGGAAGGCGGGCACCAAGGGCAAGAGGCAGAUCUUUGAGGAGAACCGGGAGACGUUGCGUUUCUAUCUCCGCAUCAUCCUGGGGGCUUCGGCCGUUUACGCCGUAGUGAACCUAGUGAUCUUCUAUCCCGCCGCCUCUACCUGGACAUGGCUAGCAUUCAUCUUCAGCUCCGUGGUCUACGGUACGAGCUACCGGUCCAUGAACACCAUGGCAAAGCCGUCUUUCACAGACGAUGGCAGCCUUGCUGACGGGGGAAUUGACCUGAAUAUGGAGCAGGGGAUGGCAGAGCACCUCAAGGAUGUGAUCCUGCUGACAGCCAUGGUCCAGGUGCUGAGCUGCUUCUCACUCUACGUCUGGUACUUCUGGCUCUUGGCUCCAGGACGUGCUCUCUACCUCCUGUGGGUGAACAUCCUGGGGCCCUGGUUUACAGCUGACUCUUUGCCCACCAGUCAGGAACCAAAUGAGAAGAAGCAACGCCGACAAGAACGCCGCCAGAUGAAGCGCUUCUAGCCCUGGCUGGGGAGAUAGCUUAAUGCCAUCUCUCAUCUCCAUGUUGUUAUUUCAUCAGGGAUGCAACCAAAACCAAUCCAAAACCAUCGCAGUAGCUGUGUUGCCCUGUGUCAUUGCUGCCAUUCCGCUAGAGAGGCCGCAAGAGACUUCCCUUGGUUGUUCUUAGCACCAGUUGAGGCCUUGCUCCUUGGGAUGACAAGGGGGGUGAUGCUGUGAUGUGUGUAAAUACCUUUUUGAAGCAGCACUGUAUCAUGCUCGAGGUUGGGAAUUGCAACGUUGGAAGAAAUAGUACAUUAAAGAGCAGAGUCUUAA